AUAGAGGGACUGAGGACGUCUUGGUGACCACGGCUAUUCUCCAAAAGCAAGCCUGCUCGCUCUUCGGCGGCGCUCGCCAGCGCGUGCAGCGCCUUGCGUCUUGUUUUAGAAUAACAAAAACCAAGAACAAAGAAGAGAAACGCGAAGUCGAAUCGACCGAGAUCUAAAUUUUCUGCCUUGAACACUCCUUCUAGCCAUGAGCUGAAGAAGGUCCUGGCCACUUACCAACAGCAGCAGUAGCAGCAUCGCUAGUCAAAGCCCUUUCAAGAUCCCGCGGUCAAUCUUAAUCUAUGAAAAAGCCGACGUACGACCUGGUCGAUGAGCAGAACCAGCACCGAAAGGAGAGUGUGAAUCGGGCGAUCUAGACCAUCACCAUGACGGCCGACUCGAAGCUGGCCAGGCAAGACCCGAGCUCGGUGGAGUCGGCGGUCACCGCUGUGCCUCCUUCGCCCAGACGUUUUGACCUUUCUUCGCCCCCGUCCGGCCAGUCGGAGCGAGGUCCGUCGCAUGGUCGCCGUCCAUCUCGGUCUACGAUGUCGCCCUCCACUCCCUCGACGUCCUCGCCAGGCCGGACACUGACGCACACACCUCGCCGUAGCGUUGCACACAAUCCCGAGCUGCUUGGCUUAGGUCUUGGCAAUGAGCCGAGAAAGCGCGACGGGACUCGUGCGAGGAGCGGCUCGAACUCGACGGCCGCGACGACGGAUCUGUUCAACUACGAGGCCGAGAGCGAGGCGGACUGCUACGAGCUGCACCGCGUCGACCUGGACGACAUGAGGAACUCGAUGGAGCUUCAGCAGCAGCAUGCCGGUACGCCUCGUGCCUCGAGUUCAGCGCUCAAUAAGCAGGUGGAGCAGCAGGAAGAUGACGAGGAGGACGAGCGGCAUCUUCCUUCAUUCGGACACGACGCUCUUCCGUCGAUUGCGAGUGUCAACAGUGCAAAGCCAGAGGCUCUCAGGCUCGAUGAUGAGCCCUUCUCAGGCGGCUCUCUCCCUCAUGCGUAUCAAGAGGAUGAUGAUGUAGGCAAUGGCUACGGUGCACCAGAGUAUGACGACGACGACGACUUUGACGAUGACGACCUCGAAAGAGGGCUCGCAACGAACCAAAAGAGGCUAUUGCACUUCGAGUCCAUCACGCCGCGCGAAAAGGCAUGGAUGUGGACAAGCGUAGGCCUCGUGACGGUCUUGACCGUCGUGAGCAUCGCAAUCAGCGUCGACUGGAUCGACUGGCCCGGAGAUGGCCUCGGGAAAUACUAGAUAGAGCUACGCCCCAGGCAGCACGACAUGAUGAACUUGCCUUUCGACACACACAUGCCAUCAUGAAGGGCCGAAAACAAUUACAUGUGCAUUUGUUCAAAGUAGUGCUGCAAAUCUAAGCGAUGACACAGUCCUCGGCCAGCUUGAAACCGUAC